GAUGACGCCAAUAUUCCUGCUCAGGAUGGAUGCACUAGGUGUGCACAUCAACCAACUCCACAGUCACGAGUCAAAGAAAUCUUUCUCUGAAUGAAAGCGCACUUCCAUGGACAGUUCAAGUUCAUGAAGAUUAAUAAUCUGUUCUUUAAUGGACACGGAUAACCAGACAUGGGUGAGAGAGUUUAUCCUCCUUGGCCUGUCCAGUGACUGGGACACUCAGGUCUGUCUUUUUGUCCUGUUCUUGGUCAUGUACCUGGCGACAGUGCUGGGGAACUUCCUCAUUGUCCUUCUGAUCAGACUGGACAGCCGACUCCACACUCCCAUGUAUUUCUUCCUCAGCAACCUCUCCCUUGUUGAUGUGUCUUAUGCCACAAGCAUCGUCCCUCAGAUGCUGGUGCAUCUUCUUGCAGAACAUAAAGCUAUCCACUUUGUGAGCUGUGCAGCCCAGUUAUUCUUCUCCCUGGCCUUGGGUGGGAUUGAGUUUGUUCUACUGGCAGUGAUGGCCUAUGACCGCUAUGUGGCUGUGUGUGACCCCCUGAGGUACUCGGUCAUCAUGCAUGGAGGGCUCUGUGCCAGAUUGGCCACCACAUCCUGGGUCAGUGGGUCUGUCAAUUCUCUCAUGCAGACCGCCAUCACCUUUCAGCUGCCCAUGUGCACAUACAAACGUAUUGAUCACAUAUCCUGUGAAAUUCUAGCUGUGCUCAGGCUGGCCUGUGUGGACACCUCCUCCAAUGAGGUUGCAAUCAUGGUUUCUAGCAUCAUCCUGCUGAUGACACCCUUCUGCCUGGUUCUCUUGUCCUACAUCCAGAUCAUCUCCACCAUCCUAAAGAUCCAGUCCACAGAGGGGAGGAGGAAGGCCUUCCACACCUGUGCCUCCCACCUCACAGUGGUUGCCCUGUGCUAUGGCAUGACCAUUUUCACUUAUAUCCAGCCCCGUUCCAGCCCUUCUGUCCUUCAGGAGAAGUUGAUCUCUGUCUUCUAUGCUAUUUUGAUGCCUGUGCUGAACCCCAUGAUUUAUACUCUAAGGAACAAAGAGGUGAAGGGGGCCUGGCAGAAGCUAUUAGGAAAAUUAUCUGGAUUAAAAUCUAAACUGUCAGCGUGAUGAAUCAUGAGCAUCAUUUGGAGAAAAGAGCCUUGCCUGUGUGUUCUCCCAGUCAGCUCAGAUACGACAGGCGUCAGCUGCAUUGCCCUGACAACCAGGAAAGAAAUGAUGAAACAUGUGCUGGUGACGCCGAGUAGGAGGCUGAGUGCUGGGUGGAGGGGUGGGAUGUGUGGGUAUUUUUAUGUUACAGGAGCUGUUCUGUGGGGUUGAGCACUGUUGUAAUAGAACUUCUCCUCUUUGCUCAGUCUCCAUUCAUCUGGCUUGAGUGUAAUGAGAAAAGAACCAUUUAUUAUUUUGAUUCACACACUGUUUGUAAUCAUGGACCUAUUCAUGAAUCUUACUUUGGACCACUGGUUUUUAUUCAUCUAAAUUUUGUACAAGGUUAUCAUGUUUCCAUUGGGAACAAAAUUAUUUUCACAUUUUAGACUCACUUAAAACAAUGCUUGUUGGAUAGUCACAUCCAGUAACUGUGUGAGUCACUAUUCUGAGGAAAAUGUUGAUAUUAAGACUGAUUAAAAUGUUUUUGAUGUGGACCUAACAUGUGUGGACAUAAUGUGUGUGUCUGAGUGCUAGAGGUAACUCAUUGGAGAAGCAUCAACUAAAGGUCUAAUUUUCUGCUGGUAGGAAUGUAAAAAAGGGACUUGUACAUUAUUACUGGCCAAGGAAAAGCUGUUUCAAGUUCUUGAUAGUAUAAAAUAUUCUGAGGAUUUUUAUUGCAUACAUAAAGAUGCCCCAUUUAAAUGCUAAAAUUGUUCAAUCUCUAAGAGAACUAUUAGCUCUUUUCCUAGACUUUAGAUACAAAAGCAGCACAUAAAUUUAGGAUAAUGUAGAAAAUAUCAAUAGAAAGAACACAUCCUCACUCAGAGCCAACAAAAUAUAAGAUGAUUUUAUAUGGACUUGAUGGAUCAGGAUCGUUCAGCCAGCUCUGCAGAUGUCAUCCUCAAUUGCCCAUAGAUUUUUUUUCAAGUCUCUUUCUCCCACCACUGCUCCUACAUACACAACAGGGCCCUAAUUGAUCUUUGUAAACAUAGUGAGAUGGAGUAGUCUGAGAAAUAGCCUAAAGAAGGAAAAGGAGGGGGAAUAAAUAAUUGUACAAGUGAUAAGGAUGGGGGAAGAGGAGAAAGAGUAUGACAGUACUCCCUCUCCUCACUCCCUUGAAGAAGUCUCAGAGUCCUUUCUUCCCAUUGUAUUAAGUUAUCUGAAGUGUAGUCUUCCACUUGUGAAUGCAUUCACACAAUCCCAGUGUUGAAGCAGAGUUGAAGGCUCACAUAGUCCAGAGCCCAUACACUAGUUUAAUUUUGCCUUAAAAAAAUCCUUCCUAAAAUUCAUGAUAAAGGCAGGCAUCCCAAAAGAUGUCAAAGCUCGUGGGCUAAAUUUUGCUUGACAUUAAUUCAAGAAAUAUUAAUAGAGAGUCAGUCCACUCUGUGUGUGAUAAGGAAUGGUUUUAGAGACACAAUAAUCAGUAAGACACUGUCCUAAAGAUAAGACUGGGGUAUAUCAGGGAUGACAGAUGAUGAGUCAACUAAAAUGCAGCAUUUUAAGUGUGAGCCUUUGGGGGUGAGAGAAGAAGUCUUCUGUGUAUGAAAGGACCAAAAAGAUCCAGGUGGAGACCAGCAAGGUGAGAACAAGUGAUCCAGGUGACAGCAACCCAAAGUAAGGAACAGCUUGUGAAAGGUGCAGAGCUGGAAGGGAAGAGGCGAGCUCCAAAGUGUCCUGCAGCUGCACUUGCAGGGCAGAGAUGACUGGGGAAGCGUGAGGAUGAGUCAGGCGGGUAAAGAGGGGUGUGGUCUCACAGGGCACUGAAUGCUGCAUUGUCAUUUAACUUUAUCUGAUUGCAAUGAGGAGAUUUUUAAGCAGGAGUAUAAUUUGAUAAAAUUUACAUUUUUGAAUUAUUUCUUUGGCAAGUAAGCCACAGGAAAAAGAGAUUAGAGGCAAGGAGACCAGCUAGGGGGCUGCUCCAGUGACACCAUUGAGACAUUAGAGGAUUCUGAUCUAAAGUGGUAGCGAUAGGGCAACAGGAAAGUCAAGUGAAGUCCCAUGAUUGAAAGAGAUUUCAGAGGAAUGCUUCAUGUUCUUCCAGACUGCACUUCCUAUAUUUACCCCAUACCUCUUCUAAGAUAAUAUUUCAAUGUUAUGUGAAUUGUGGAGUAAAUGGCAAAAUUUACCUCUAUGAAUACUUUCUAUAUAAAAUGGUAGGGGAAAGAAAUGAAAGAAACAGAAAAUUAGCCAAAAACACAAAUAUACCCAAGACACUUGAGGAAGGGAAGAGUGUGAAGAUGCUGUGUCCUCCUUCUCCACCUGGUUACAGUGUCUGUCACUCUUGUCCACCAUUCAGGGCUCC